AUGAAGUUCGCCCAAGAAUUCAGAAAGGCUCUCCAAGAAGAAGCGUAUCCGCAAAAAUGGAUCGACUCAGCCAUCCCUUACGGCCAGCUCAAAAAGUGCCUGAAGAAGGUCAUCUCCGAGCUGCAGGAGCUGGGUUUGGACAGGGACACUUUGUCCCAGCUGGCUGCCAGCCAGAAGGACGAUGCCGACCUGCGUUUCCGCUAUAACCUCGCCGGGGACGCCGUCGACUCGGGCCACUUCCGGCCCAGGUUGACCGUCUUUGUCCACCUGGAGGACGGCGUGGCAGUCGACGCCAAGCUGACGCCUUACACGAGGGACUUUUUGCACAAGAUUUCUUCGAGGACUGCUGGUACAGACUUGUCAUCGGCGCCAUCUCUCUGCGAGGGCACUGGUCAGUCGUCCGGGUCCGAAACGGACGUGACGCCUCCAGGGAAAGGAUCUGCUGACCUCCAGCGCAUUGAGGUGCCGCUGGUGUUUGAUGGCGAGUUCUUUGAAAUCCUGCAGACCGACGUGUCCAACCUCGACUCGCUGCAGGCUGAGGAGCAGGAAAAGUUGACACAACAGAUAAUUACGCUGGGCGGGGAAAUACAGACAGCCACAAAGCCGUCCAAAGGGCGCAAGGCGAGAGGCGAUCUGGCGACCUGGCGGGGCAUUUUCGAGCUUUACUUGGCCGCCCAGAUCUUCUUUUCCACCCGCGAGACCGAUCACGGUGCCAGGACGAGCAGCCAGGCCUGCAAGCAGCUUGAGUGGUUCCAGCAACAAGUCGUCAACCGCAAGCUGGACAAGGAGCUCAGGCUUGACGCCAGCCGCCAGGCCUUUGGCAGGUUCGUCAACAUGAACGUUGUGCUGCUGCAGAUCCUCAAGUUCCAGGAACUCAACAGUCUUGCCAUCACCAAAAUACUGAAGAGUAUGAACCGCAAACCAACGCCCCCCGUCCCCAUGCUGACAGACUCGCUGACCAAGUUGACAGAGUUCGACAAGCGGACAUCUCUGGGCGUAUCCAAGGCUUUCCCGGUGGCCGUCCACUCGGACCGACUCCUCACAGGCAGCGUAGCGCGCGACGUGUGUGCGCAGAUGUCCAACGAGCUCAUCCCCGUCAUUCCGCAGCUGGACGACUAUCUCUGUCCCAUAUGCUUCGCCAUCGCCUACUGGCCCAUCAAGCUCCAAUGCGACCACAUCUUCUGCAGCCGCUGUCUCGUCAAGAUGUCACGGAAGAACGAGAGACUGUGCCCCCUCUGCCGAGCCGACACGGUGAUGAUGGCGGGUAUAGACGAUCUCGACAGAGUGCGGGCUGCCUUUAUGCGGGAGUAUUUCCCCAAGGAAGUGAAGGAGAAGGUCAAGACCAGCGCGCGCGAGCGGAACAAGGAGAUAUUCGGACCGCAUCACUCAGAUGUGUUCUGCUCCGUCAUGUGA